CAAAAUUCAAUCAUAAAUUUUAAUAAAUAAUAUAAGCAUUAAUAAAAACAGAAACACGCUAAUUACUUUUUUAAUGAUAAAAUAGUCAUCUUUCCCUAAAACAUUAAAAGUAGAGAAAAUAAAAUUAGAGCACAUAGCUCUAGAAGAUGUCUAAAACUUAUUUUUAAAGCCUUUUAACUAGAUUUAUGUGAUAGACUUAAACAGGGCUUACUUAUAAACCUAGGAUCAAUAAAUUGACUCACGCUAACCUAAAGAAGAAAUAGUAGAAUUUUUAUCUCAAAUCAAUACUAAAGCAAACAAUAUGAUCCAGAGAAUUGAUAUGAUAAUAAAUUUAUUAUUGCAUUAGCAAAUAAAAAAAAAUCCUUUGUUAAAAUAGCUUACAAUAUUUGGAAUCAAAGGAUAAAAUCUUAUCUAACUCUUUUAAUCUUAAAAUUUCUAAAAGGAUGAAACCACAUUUGAUUAAAUUAAAUAAAUGAUAGUCAAAAAUAUAACAACAGAAAAGGGAGAUGUAGGAAGUGCACUUUAUUAAUUUCUUUAAAAUAUUCUCCCAAUUGUAAGAAGUGGGUAGGAAAAUAGAAGUUUAGGAAGUGUUUUAGAAGUAUUUUUCUUUAUGAAUGGAUCAGAAAUUUCCCAAGAAACAGAAACUAAAUGCUUAGAAGAGCUUUCUAAGCUUAAACUUUCUACAGAUAAGGUGUCAAUAUCAUAUAGAGUCAGUGAUUUCUACACAAGCUAAAAUAGCAUUAGAAAAAUCUUAUCUCUUUAAGCUAAAGAUUUAUACAGCGAAGACAUUGGAUAGCUUUAAUAUUUUAGUUGGUUAGAAGUAAACUUCAUAAAUCAAAUGCUUGAUAUUAUUCAAAAUAAAAAGAUCAAUAAAUAUGAAUCGUCUGUUAGACUUUUGAAAUAAUAUCAUGAGGAAUGUACCAUCAAAAUAGAUUCUCUCAUUAAAUAUUUUAAGACUUGCUAAGAUGUUUCUGGAGAACUCCCAAUAGACGAUAAUAAAGCUUAAGAAAGAAAAACUUUGGUUGAUAAAAAUAUGAAAAUUCUCAAAGAAGUAAAUGAAUAACUUAGCUAGAUAUCUAUUGUCCAUCCUAAAUUGAGUAUUUAAUAGAUUCUCUUUAGAAAAAAAAUGAUUUUGAGACUUAUUCAUAUUGGAGUUAAUUUAGAAGAAGAAAAAAAUAAAUAUUAGCAUAAAGCUCAAAAUUUGAUGUUUGAAAAGCAUGAAAUGGCUAAGCAAUUCAGUGAAUUUUUAUAUGAUUUAAAAUCAGUCGUAGAUGGAAAAUUAGAAAUAUUUAGUGGCGAGUUAUUACUUAAUGAUGUUACGCAGAACACUAUAUUUUUAUUUGAUUACUUGAAGUCUGAUUUAUAAUAUACAAAGAAGAUUUUUGAAACUUGCCAAGAAAUAAAUGCAAAAAUCUUCAUCAUGAAAAAGAAUGUUGAGAAAUGUAAUCAAAAGGAUUUAGUAGAGUCCAUAGAUGCCCACAUUAAAUAAAUCUAAUCAACUUAAUUUAGAUUAUUAAGGAACAUAGAAAAUUCUAUUGUAAGAGUGUUUAUAAGUUUGUAAUAGAUUUUAGAUUGCAUGGGGUUCAAAAACAUUAAAAUUAAUUCAAAGAAAAAGGCAGUCUUUGAUGAACUAACUAACUUAGUCAGAGCUAACAGCGAUUAUCAAUCUUAUUUGCCUUCAAAUUGUGAAGGAGUUUCUUUAGGAAAAUCUUUCAAGAUUAUAAUAGAAUCAUACUUUAAAGAAUUCUUAAAAUGAACAAUUACUUUUAAACUAUUUGUUAGUUAAAAAUAUGUUUAAAUAAUAUUAUAAAAAGUUCUAUUAAAUGUUAUUUGCAUAGAUAAGCACUUCUAUGUUUAAAAUAAAUUACUGCUUUUAUGUAAUUCAUUUAUAAAGUUAUACAAUGAGUCUUUUAUGUUAAAAAGUUUUGAAUUUAUGUUUGAGUAAAUUUAUUAUUGAAAACCAAAAAAUAAAAAUAAGAAUAUUCUUCCAGCGAAAUGUUUAUUUAUUU